CCGGUGUGGAUCAGACAUGUUCCUGGAAGAUGGCGGAAUACUCGCAGUCUGAUGGACCGAAGCUGUCUGAGCUCUUAGAGAAAGGAUGGCGGUCACUGGAAGAACUGGACGGGUCCAGCGAGCCAAGUGGAUCCCGUGAGGUGCAAGACAAAGUGAAACAAGGCCUGGUGGCAUUGGAGCAGGCUGUACGAAUGGUGACCCAGCUAGAUCUGUUCAGCCGUAAUGAGGACUUAGAUGAGAUUUCUUCGGCAGAUAUAAAGUAUUUGCUCUUGCCAGCCUUACAGGGAGCUUUGACCUUAAAGCAAGUUGGCCUCACUCAAAGACUAAAUCACCUAGAGACUGCCCGCACUUAUUUUAUGGACUUCUUACAGCGAUGCCAUGAAUACAAAGUCUCUGCAUUCAAUCUUCCUCAACAGAAGGGCAGCAACUCUAAUGAAGAGGAUAACUCGCACCACAUUGUGCAUCCAACAUCAAAUCCAAAUCUAACAGCUAUGGCUUUACAGAGGCAAGCAAAGAUCGAGAGGUACAAACAGAGAAAGGAGCUUGAGAGCCGGCUUUCUGGACUGCAGGAGUGUGUAAGGCAUGGCACGGCAGAAGAAGAACAAAUCCGAGAAUUUUACCUUCUUCAGCUUCAGCGUUGGGUGUGUACUGCCCUGGAGGAGAUACAGAGCAUAGAUCAAGAGCUACCAAUGGUUAAGGCAAGGGAAAUGAUAAAGAAGGGACAUGAAAUGACCGCUCCAGCACGUCAAACGAGACCCCCCAUGAAACCUUUCAUCUUGACUCGUGAUGCUGUGCAGGCAAAGGUGUUGGGAGCAGGAUAUCCUAGCCUACCCACUAUGACUGUGGAUGAUUGGUAUCAGCAACAUCGAGAAAAGAAUGUCUUGCCUGACCAGGGUGUUCACAGUAAACCAAGAGAUGAGGAGCAGGAGGCAGCUGAGCGCGAGAGAAAGGAAGAGAUCGAUGAUCCAGAGGCAUUGCAGAAUGCUCGAAACUGGGAAGGGUGGAAGGAUGAUCAUCGUCGCGGUUAUGGAAACCGCAAGAACAUGGGCUGACGCUUUGUUCUUAGUUUCAGCAGCAUUUUGGUUCUGAGAUCGGCAUUUACAGAAUUUGUGAAUAAGAUGUUUGGCUCCAUUCUCAGUGCUGCUGGUUAUUGACAGAGGUUUGGUUGGAGUAGAAGCUGAGUGCCCUAGGUAUAAGCUGUAUUCUAACUGCAAUUUAUAGUGAUGGUAAACUUAGUGCCUUCACUUUGUGCCAUCAAUGCAGACUGAUACCAUCAUGCCAUAUUUAAACUUUGUUUUGUAUUUAUUUUGACAUCUUUAUUUAAAAUAAUUAAAUAAAAUAUAUUGUGCUGAUGGCGUCUCUGGCUAAUAUGAGUUCAUUUUUUAACAUAGUUUAGUCUGUGAAACAUAAGAUAGAGCUGUAAACAUUUUUUUGGGGGGAUUAUACUGGAUAGGUUUUUAGUUGAAGGGAAUUAUUUCUAUAUCUGCAUUUUUUUUUUCUUUUAUGACUAUAUAUUUUUUUUAAAGUAUCACUAAAUCUACCACAAAUCUCAUAGCGUUAUUGGUUGUGUUAUUUGAUUAUUCAAUACUCCAAUGAGAUGCCACAUCGAUGCAAAUUUGCUUAGGGGAAAAAAAUAAUCCAAAACUUCUAUCUUAUACAAAACCCUUGUGUUGUAUUUUUUUAUUGUUCAAUAAACAGAACUGGGCAUAUUAUGUGCCCUUGUUGAAAUUAUUUGUUUAAAAAAAAAAAAAUGAUUAAAAGUAUUACCAUGUUUUCUAA